CUCGUCCGAAACAACUCAGGAUAGAAUCAAACUCUUUGUACAACUGAUAUGCUCUCUGAGAUGUGGUUAAAUGGAUUAUUCAUCAGUCUUAACAUGGCCGACAGGCUAAUGUUCAUAGAUCUGGGCUUCAUACGAUGAUUGUCCCACAGCGACUUCUAGAAAACCAACCCAACUUAAGCAGCUUUCAAUUCCUUACCAUGACUACACAUACUCAUCAACAACAUGGAUCCUUCAACACCGACACCAAAAUCCAUAUUGCGCGGACACAAAUCUCAAGUUCACACGGCAGCAUUUAUUAGAUCCAAUGAGCGCCUCAUUACUGGCGAUGCGGAUGGCUUCGUGGUGCUAUGGGACCUCACAAUAAUGCGCCCACGAGCCGUUUGGCGCCCUCACGAAAAGGCUCUAUUGGGUGUUGGCGGCUGGGGUGACGACAAAAUCAUCACGUAAUUGCUCUCUUUAAAAUCAGUAAUGACUGGGAAAUGGAUUUACUGACAACAGUUUGCAGGCAUGGUCGUGAUUUAAAGCUCAUAGUGUGGAAACUUGGCGAGGCAGAUGAGGAGCAUCUCAGCACAGCAUUGCCAGUGGAAGAAGUGGCAACACCAAGACCGCAACCAUGGAUGCUACAUCUCCUUGAGGUCAAUACCUUGAAUUUCUGUGCUUUCGCCAUUUGUUCAAGUGCGCCUGGCUCCGUCGCUACCGCCUCUGAGGUGCUGAUCGCGGUGCCUAAUACUUUGCACUCAGACGCUAUCGACAUCUACCAAUUGCCUUCACAAAGACGGAUUCAUACAAUCAAAGCUGGUGAUAAAACGGGCAUGGCCAUGUGCCUUGCUCUCCUGCAUCACAAAGACGCUCUCACGCUCAUUGCUGCCUUUGAGAAUGGUUACGCAACUGUGCACCGUCUUGAGUCCGACGACCAAUGGGUCACAGCGUACCAUUCCCAGGCCCAUUCACAACCUGUCCUGUCGCUGAGCGUCUAUAACGACUUUUUCAUCACGUCCAGCGCCGACUCUAUCAUCGCCAAACAUCCCAUUCCUACCGAUCUGUUCUUUCCUCUGCACGACACUGUACCUCCUGGAAGCACCAAGCGUGUAGUAGAGAUAGUAGACGAAGAAUCUAAGGGAAAGUCACUUCUAUCUGCUGGCCUGACGUCUUCAUCGUCACAGGGGCUGAAGCCUCCCCGUAAGGGCGUUGCGUGGAAAGAUCCGCUCAAAGCUAUCAACACCAAGCACUCCGGACAACAGAGUCUAGACAUACGAUCCGAUGGAAGAAUCUUUGCUACUGCAGGAUGGGAUUCUAAAGUGCGAGUGUACUCUACAAAAACCAUGAAAGAGCUCGCUGUGUUAAAGUGGCAUCAAGUCGGAUGCUACGCCGUUACAUUCGCUGAUGUUAGGAUAUCGGAUCAAACGGAGGAAGAAAACUCUACGUCUAACGAUAACAAAGCCACGGGGAGUUCAAACACGCCGACGGGCUCGUUGAUCCGAACAGGGCUCAGCGUCAAAGAGCAACGGAUAGCUAUAGCGAGAAAAACACAUUGGAUCGCAGUAGGUGCGAAAGACGGCAAGAUUAGCUUAUGGGAUAUUUAUUAGCUAUGUAAACCAGAUCUUGCAGUGGAUACCGCUUCGCUAGAUGGAUUCAUAGCAAAUUCCGUCCUGCUCUGUGAAGCGGGAAGGGAGCAUCUCUUGACGAGAUGUGAUCGAAAUGGGCCAACCUGACUUUCAAAUAAACGUGCAAAAGCAAAAGUAACAACGCUGAUAACUUGGAUCCAAAAUACGGUCAGUUCAUGGUAUCGUCAAACGUCUAAUUGCGCCGUCAGCAUUGUAUAUCCUGGCAUAAGCCAUAGAUGCACUCACGAUCAUACUCCCAACAUCCUCUGUCCGCGUGCCGCACUUGUCUGUGACUGACAUAAGCGAGAACCGUACACUUGAAAUAUUUUAUGGACGAGAGCCCACCAUCAUUAGACGAGUCGCCGACUUGUUUCCAUUUGACAACUCGGACCAUAUCCUGAUCACCCACGCGGUAACGAGCGCAUCGCGAAGUUCCUGGGUCAUCUCUGCUGUAACGAAUAGACUUAUAUGGCCUUGUUCAUCCUGGAUUUCUCUCGCUAUUAUGUCGCUGUAGCAGUCUCUCCACUCGUAUGCGACGCCUUUACUCCGCGAUUCGCAAGCUUCGUACAGUACACCAUCAGCUCGAAACUUACGACCUGGCCCUCUCACCAUCCGCUCGAACCGAAAGCCUUUGAGCUGUCGCAGAAUAUUACCGGAGCGAAAACAUGACACCCCAAAGCUUGUCAGCGCUCGUUGUGAGGUAGCUUCGGCAUGGUACGGAAAAGACGGGAACUCGGCAGCAGUGGGAUGCUUGAGAUCGAAUAGGUGCCGGUUUUUUAGCACGACCUGGGGCAGACCGGCGGAUGUCUUUGUAACGGGAUCUAUGCGCUCGACUUUGACAUUGCGAUCGUUAUCGUGGAGGUAGCUGAUGUCGUGGGAGAAUUCGUAGAGUGGAGGGUCUUGGGGGUCGGUCGAGUAGAUGAAGCGUCCUGCGAUGAAGAGCGUUGCAGGGCCGAGAAUUGAAUCUUUAGGGCGGGUUAUAGUGGUGGGGGUUGUGUAGUUGGGAGCAGCAGUGGUAUCGUAGGAGGGCAACUCCAAGUCGGAAUAGUUGGGUGGAGGCAGAGCCGACAUUUUUGGAUAUUGUGAUGAUCGAUAACGGAUGAUAGAUUGAUUAGGACUAAAUUCAAUGAAAUAAAUAGGGAACUAAAUAAUGCAGCUGUCGCGUGCAGUCAGUCACUGUAUACAGGGCUUCUAAAGCUGCUAUGACGUGUAUCACUACUAGGGGCGGCAACGACGGGCAAAGCCAUACUGUAGCCUCACAAGCGGAGAUCAGUGGGCUCAUAACUAAGACUUCGCCUCAAAUCAGUUUCACAAGGCUCAAUAACAGCGUACUUUAGCGCAAUAUUGACUGGUCAUUGGUGCAUCCUGGUAUUUGUAAUAAUCCUUCAUAAAUACGACGAUAAUACGCCCAAACUCCUAUUCCACAGACCCCUGUCAUAUGCUCAGAGUUUCACACACUUUUCAGCUUACAGACGAGAACCAAGGUUGACGUGUACGGACUUUGUGUUGCUGUACGCCUCGAGGCCAGCCUCACCGAGCUCACGACCGAUACCGCUCUGCUUGACACCACCGAAGGGGAUGUAGGGUUCGCUGUCUUGUGUGCUGUUAAUCCAGACCAUACCGGCCUCGAUCUCAGCAGCGACGCGGUGCGCGCGCUCGACGUCCUUGGUGAAGACAGCUGCGCCAAGACCGUAUGUAGAGUCGUUGGCGAGCUUGAGAGCCUCCUCUUCGCUGCUGAACUUGGUGAUGACAACGACAGGGCCGAAAAUCUCCUCGCGGAAGACUCGCAUUUGGUGGUGCACGUCGCCGAAGACGGUGGGCUGGACGAAGAAGCCCUUCUUGGAGGCAUCGACAGGCUGGCCACCAGCGAGCAGAGUAGCGCCUUCAGACUUUCCAAUCUUUAUAUACUCAAGAAUACGGUCGUACUGCUGUCGAGAGACUUGGGGACCCUGAUAGGUCUCGGAAUCCCAUUGGUGGCCGACCUUGCUGACAGUCUUGGUGGUCUCGAUGAAUCUCUGGACAAAUUCGUCGUAGACCUUGUCCUGAACCAACAGGCGAGAAGUGGCUGUGCAGAUCUGGCCCUGGUUGGACAUGAUGCCCAUGUGUGACCACUUGACAGCCUCAUCGAGGUCACAGUCGGAGAAGACCAAGAGAGGCGACUUGCCACCCGUCUCAAGGGUAAUGUUCUUGAGGGUCUUGGAGGCCAUCUCCAUGAUCUUAGCACCCGUAGCAGUUGAGCCAGUGAAGGCAACCUUCUCAACAAGAGGGUGCUGGACCAGGGGAGGACCGGCCUCGCCACCAUAACCGUUGAGAGCGUUGAAAACACCAGGAGGGAAUCCGACGUCCUUGAAAGCCUGACCGAGGAGAAGGAUGCUUAGUGGUGUUUGCUCAGCGGCCUUCAUAACGAUGGUGUUACCGCAUGCUAGCGCAGGACCGAUCUUCCAGGCGGCCAUGGCGAGAGGGUAGUUCCAGGGGAUGAUCUGGGCGACUACACCGAGGGGUUGGCGGAGAGUGUAUGCGAGCUUGUUGGGGUUGGCGGUGAUGGUUUGUCCCGUGAUCUUGUCGGCCCAGCCGGCGUAGUAGCGGAUAGUGUUGAUGACCUCGACAACGUCGCCGCCCUCAGCAUCGGCGUAAAUCUUACCUGGCAUUGUGUCAGUGAUUCGUAAAUCAAGCGUUUGGUAGUGCUAUCUUACCAUUGUCCCAGGCCUCAGAGGU